AUGGCUAAGGUAGAAGAUAAAGAAAUUCGUAAGGCAGCUAUAGAAGGUUGCUCAGCUUCUGUUGUAAAAAUGUCUUUACUUGAUGGCGGUGAUAGACGUCGUUAUAAUCUACCGUCACAUGAUGAAGUUGCAGGUGUAUUUGUUGGCGAAUAUGGUGCUCCCCCAACUUCCAGGGAACAAUAUGCUGUAGAUGCAUAUGUAAAAAUUGAAGGCCAGCGUCUUGCUUUUAUCAGAAAUAAUCAAAAUAAGCUGAGAAGCGAGCAGUAUGAUGCCUUACAUGAACAUAUUAAAAACAACGCCAAUGAUCGUAAUAUUAGACCAGGACGAGUAGUAGUUUUGCCAUCAUCUUAUCGUGAAAUAACAGAAAAUUUAUAUUCGGGUCAGAAUGCGAAUGAUAGACCUGAUUUGGUUACUCGAGUAUUUAAACUUAAGUUAAAUAACUUCCUCAAUGAUAUAUUCAACUAUGGUGUAUUAGGCAAAGUUGUAACGCAUGUUCAGGUUAUUGAGUUUCAAAAGCGUGGUUUGCCGCAUGCCCACAUUUUACUUCAUUUAGCAAAUGAUGAUAAACUUGAAACAUCACAGGAUAUCGAUAAUUUGAUUUGUGCAGAAAUUCCGGAUCCGAUAGUUAAUUGUGAACGUUAUGGUAUUAUCAAAACUUGCAUGAUUCACGGCCCAUGUGGGAUUCUGAAUCUAAAUUCUCCCUGCAUGAAAGAUGGGGUGUGCAGCAAAAAUUAUCCUAAAGAUUUUAAUGCCAACACAGUAGCUGUUCACAAUGGUUAUUCGCGCUAUAGGCGUCGUGAUAAUGGGUUGGUUAUCAAUAUUAAAGGUAAAAAUGUAGAUAACCGUUGGGGGUACCUUUUAAUCCUUGGUUAUCAAAGAAAUAUCAAGCCCACAUUAAUGUUAAAGCUUGCAUGUCUGUAA